GAAGUGUCCUCAAGAAUUGGCGGGAGCUCCUAAGGCCAGGGACAGUGGGGCAGCCUAUACCAAGGACGGCUGACUGGCACCAUGAUGCCAACUAAUGAUUAACUUGCUGCGGAAUGAGUCAUUUCUCUCCGCUACGUGAAGUUUUCGCAGAACUCAUACAAUUGCGAGUUUUCGUCCUCCUUGCUUAAGGCUGGAGCCCGCUCUUUUGCGGAGGGCGCUUGAUCGGCUCUCCUUCCCUGACCUCGCGUGAUCAGGUUUUAAAGCCUGGCUUCUUGGAAUUGCUGGGAAACGGUGGCCAAGCCGGGUGGGAACAGGAAGUGAGCGCACUCCCGGAGCCGCGGGCCCGGCGUGGAGCCUUCGAAAGCAAAAGUUAGCAGCUGCGCGGGCAUCGCAGAUCUUCUCCCCGAGCCGCUCGCCCGGGUCCCCGGAGCUGUGACCGACAGGCGAGCCUCGGAGCUGUGACUCUGCGAUCAGCUGAAUUGUAUGGACAAACCACCACGCUUUAAAAAAUAAUAUCUGCAUAUAUCACCCUGAACAGCCAUAGAAAAGAAGGGCGCAUUCCUGUUCUCACUCCUUCAUCCCCACCCUGGUCCUUCAGGCCACACAGGGGACAAUAUUUAUCAUGAGGUCCCCACCCUCCUACCUCGCGAAAGGAAUGGAUUUCAGCAGCUGCCUUUACAAUAUCUCCGAACAGCUGGGCAGUAAUGAAGUGGCCGCCCUCAAGUUUCUGUGUUUGGACUACAUACCACCGAAGAAGCAGGAGCCCAUCAACGAUGCCCUGAUGCUAUUCCAGGGGCUGCAGGAGAAGGAAAUGUUGGAGGAAGGCAAUCUGUCCUUCCUGAAGGAGCUGCUUUUCCUCAUCUGUCGGUGGGACCUGCUGACCCACGUCCUAAACAGCAGUAAGGAGGAGAUGAAGAAAGAGUUGUAUGAUCUAGACAAAGCUCAGGUUUCUGCCUACAGGGUAAUGCUCUUUAAGCUCUCAGAAGAAGUGAGCGAUUCAGAGUUGAAAGAGUUUAAGUUUUUUUUGGAAAGGAAGAUCCCCAAAUGUAAGCUGCAUGAUAACUCGAGCCUGCUGGAUGUUUUUGUGGAAAUGGAGAAGAGGCUCAUCCUGGGGGAAGACAACUUGGACACCCUGAAGUCAAUCUUUGACCGUGUCAAGAAGAGUCAGAUGCGGUAUAUCGAAGAGUUUGAAGAAUCAAACAGAGAAAGAAGAAUGAGCCUGGAAUGCAGGGCAGAGGCGUCAGGUUCAUUUUCGGAUGGGCAGAGCUGCAUGAGAAUGCAGGAAAUGUAUGACUCCCUAAAAGAAGAAGACAGCAACUCCCAGGUAUCAGAUAGAAUAUAUAAAAUGCAGAGCAAACCUCGGGGAUACUGUCUGAUCGUCAACAAUAACGAUUUCAGCAUGGCGCGGCAGAACCUACCCAGACUCCGCAGGAUGAGGGACAGGAAAGGAACAGAACUUGAUGAAGACGCGUUGACUGAGACAUUUCAAAAGCUUCAUUUUGAGGUCGUGUCUCACAAAGACUGCACAGCCAGUGAGAUUCAUGAGAUCCUAAGAGUCUUCCAAAGCAUGGACCAUGAGAACAAAGACUGUUUCAUCUGCUGCAUCCUCUCCCACGGAGACAAGGGCAUCAUCUACGGCACCGAUGGGAAGGAAGCCUCCAUCCGUGAGCUGACAUCGUAUUUCACUGGUUCAAAGUGUCCUUCUCUGGCUGGAAAACCCAAAGUCUUUUUCAUUCAGGCUUGUCAAGGGGAUAACUUCCAGAGAGCUGUACCCGUUGAGACCGACUUGGAAAAGGACAACUACUUAGACAUGGACUCAUUACCUCAAAAGAACUAUAUUCCAGAUGAGGCUGACUUUCUGCUGGGGAUGGCUACUGUGAAACAUUGUGUUUCCUACCGAGAUCCCAUGCACGGAACCUGGUACAUCCAGUCACUUUGCCAGAGCCUGAGAGAACGAUGUCCUCUAGGCGACGAUAUUCUCAGCAUCCUGACUGGCGUGAAUUAUGAUGUGAGCAAUAAGGACGACAGGAGGAACAUGGGGAAGCAGAUGCCCCAGCCCAUCUUCACGCUACGGAAGAAGCUGUUCUUCCCUCUCAACUGAUGUGUGCUCCACGUGGAUGACACUCGGUUAAUCUAUGCACCUUUUGUUUGGGGGU